AUGGGUUUAUUAAGCGCAACAGAAUUAAACGUUUUCUUCCUUAAACACGUCUUUGCUAUCGACACUUCCCAUCCUGUUGUUUUUUGGCAUAUAAUUUUAAUUUGUCUUAUUUGUGCUCCAACAAUUCGUCAAUAUUAUAUUUAUGUGACUGAUCCAAAAGUUAAAAGGAUGGGAAUGCAAUGCUGGCUCUAUGCUGUUAUUUGUGCUUUAGAAGCUUCUAUUUGCAUUAAAUUUGGUCGUGAACAAUUGCCUUCUGUUAAACUUUGGUUAAUUGGCCUUUGGAUUGCUUUUUUGGCUGUUGGCACAAUAUUUUGUGUUUGGGUUUCAAUUUGGUGGACAAAAUAUCAAAUGCUUACUCGCGAAGUAGAAGUUCGUGGUGGGGGUAUUCGUGAUUGUUAUUUAGAUUCUUCUUGUGAAAAUUUGGGUGCAAUACAGGAAGAUGUUCAUAAACGAAGGAAAAAAUUAAAAAUUUGUUCUUCAAAUGAAAAUUUGGUUGUUGAGAAUAAUAAUGAUGCUGGUGAGAAAAUUAAAAAGAAUAAAUAAAUGAAAGGUUUGAUAUUUUUGGUUAAUUAGAAAAUACAGUCUAAUCUCGUUUUUAAACUCGGCCCAAAGUAAUUUUGGAGGUAAACGGCUAUCAGAUAAUAAUAGAAAAUUGAGGUCCUCGAAUGGUAC